UUAAAAUGCAUGCCUCUCAUUGCCCGGGAGCGAGUAACGGUACGCGUCAAACAGUUCCCAUCCGCCGCCUUCGCAGAAAAACGCAUGGAUGUGCUUGUUUCAGGAGGGGAAACCUCCUCUCGGUGUUUUCAUAUCCACACAGGCAGCGAUGUGAGGUUGCCAGUUUGGAGCUUGUUUUCCCCUUAAACUGGACCCUUCAAGCUGUGACUGGGCCGAUUUCCUCGCUGUUGGUUUCUCCGCGGAGCCGCUGCCACACCGCACGGAGAACAACUGCACUCCACUCGACUUAAAGUGAACAUGGCUCUGAACAAGAAAGGGAAAGGAUGAAGGAGGAGGGAGCAGGAACCAGCACAGAUCCGGUUAGAGAUUAACCUGAGUCAGACAGGGAAAGUUUUGAGGAAGUCUUUGCAGGGACCUUUAUGGAGACAGGUGGAUCAUUAAAGAAUGGAUGACACAUCAGUCACUGACCUCACAGAGUCAACAUCUAAGCCGUCAGUAAACUGACUGAAUCUGAUUAACCUGGAGCCAUCAAGCUGACAGAACCACACAGUGGAUUUACCCUCCUUUGGUCUAGAAGGCAGUGAAUCCACAACAAAAUCACAUCAAUGGAUUUUAAGGACAUUCAUAAACCUAAUAUUGUGUUGUCUGAAAAAUAAGAACAACAGGGUAUACUCAUUCAACUGCAGUGAUAUAUUUGAGCCAUUUGCACCAUGCUGCAACAGGGUUGCUUUUUUCCCACACCUUCAGCUCUCUAGAUUUAUCAUGAUGCUAUUUUUGUCCGUUGCACUUCCAAAGUUCCCAGCCAACUGAGUCUGACUGUGACGACAUGUCUCUACCCAAGCGGAGGAAAUUCAGGACUUUUGCUCUGUUGUUUUGUGUCAUUACAUUUACGACGUUCCUGUUCAGCUACACUUUCCGGGACCCAUCACUCUACUUCUUCAAGCAAGCUUUCCACUUGUCGGACAACUUUUUCUCCAAAGGGUUAUGUGCCUGUCGACAGUGCAUGACGGAGCUGGAGGAUGACCCCUGGUUCGCUGAGCGCUUCAAUCAGUCCAUCCACCCUCUGAUGACCAGGGAGAACAGCGUCCUCUCUGAUGAAACCUUUAAAUGGUGGCAGUGGUUGCAGUCAGAGAGGCAGCCAGCCAACUUCAGUGAAGUGGUGGAGGAGCUGUUCCAAGUCAUCCCUGAUGAGGUGCUUUUCAUGGACGCCAGCCCAGAACGCUGCAGGACCUGCUCCGUCGUGGGGAACUCUGGGAACCUGAAGGGGUCUCAGUACGGCAGCAUCAUCGACUCCAGUGAUUUCAUCAUAAGAAUGAACCAAGCUCCCACCACUGGUUUUGAGGGGGAUGUGGGUGCCAGAACAACUCAUCAUGUCAUGUAUCCAGAAAGUGCUAUAGACCUGGACAACACCACCAGUCUGGUGCUUAUCCCUUUUAAGACUCUGGACCUUCAAUGGCUCAUUAGUGCUCUGACCACGGGCACCAUUAAACACACGUAUAUACCAGUUAUAUCCAGGAUAAAGGCAAAUAAAGAUAAGGUGUUGAUUUACAAUCCAACAUUUUUUAAGUAUGUCUACGAGUCUUGGCUUGAAAGUCAUGGGCGAUAUCCUUCAACCGGCUUCCUCAGCUUGCUGCUCGCUGUCCACAUAUGUGAUGAGGUCAAUGUGUUUGGAUUUGGUGCAGACCAGUAUGGAAACUGGCAUCACUACUGGGAGGAGAACCAUUUGGCUGGAGCUUUCCGACACACAGGAGUCCAUGAUGGAGAUUAUGAGUAUAAUGUCACCCUGCUGCUGGCAGACAAGCACAAAAUCCGAAUGUUUAAAGGCAGAUGAUACCAAGCCCAUAUGUGCAUUUGGAUGACCACCAAAUGAACCUCAGCAGCCUUGUAAUAUUUAUUUUUAUGUCGCCUCAUACCGUUUUUGUCAUGAUUUCCAAAGACAUUUUCCUAUGAACUCUUCUGGUCUUUCCAGUUUGAUGAUCUUCUUUACUUCUCUUAUUGACAAAGCAGUAAAGCUUUUGUCUCCAAAACUGUGUGCCCAGUCAUGAUCCCACUUCAGGAUAGACCAGCAGCAGGACAAAAGGGACACUGUCACUUGUUAUCUCUAAUCCCAACUCAAACAUGUCAAACGAGAGUGAACAGACAAGAAGACAAGAGAAGUUGUCUUUUAAACAAGCAUGCUAUAUGUCAUUGAUAGCCUACAUCAUUUAAGUGCUAUAGUAUGUUUGUGUUCUUUGUGUUUGUUUUUCAGUACAAUGGGAAACAUUGUGGCUACCUAAAGCUUUGUUUGCUAAUGGUCCCAGACACAAACCAGACUCUGCUGUAAAUAUCACUUCAACUCAGUAUAAAUUUUUAUCAUUUCAUGUUAGAAUAUUGCUACUGAUGUGAUGGUGGAGGUGUUUUACAUCAUAAUAGCAGUUAUGAGAGGGAAUCGGCUCCCAUCAUAUUGGCUGCUUCUAACAAAAAUCUCAUAAACUACCGACACUACAGAGUUACUUGCAUUUUGCUUGCCUGAUUGCAGCUGUUAAAUAUAGUUCACCAAGGCCAAAACACACUCUAAAAUCAAGCCCAAAUCAGCCCCAAAUUACAUAUUUUAAUAGCCCCUUCACCCCCCAUUUUAAAAUGUCAAUCUGAUACUAAGUUAUUCACUGAUUUCUUCAAUUAUGUUUCCAGUAAAAUGUAAAAGUGGUGUUUAAUAGCCAUCUCCACACUGCCAGAAAUAAAAUUCUAGUUGUGAAAUACUGAAUCCUUUAUUUGUUGAUUUAAGUUGACCUAAAAGUAGUCAAGUUUAACUGCAUUGAGUUUAAAAAUACUGAAAUUUUUCCAAAAAACCACACCUUGUGUAAUUUUUUUAAACUGUAGAAUGCAAACCCCCUCCAGUUUGCUGAAAUCCACAAAUUCUCAACAGUAGUUACUUCCCUGAUUACCCAUGACGUGAUAGCUCAGUGUUACUUUGCAGUAGAACAUGCAAGUAGCUGCAACUAUGAGUACAAUGCAACAAAGUACAGAAGGUGCCAAAGCUGUGCCAAAAAUGACAUCAAAACUGUUUAAGAAAUCUAGGAUUACACACCUUAAAUGUUUUUGGGUUGAAUUUUAGAGUGUCUGUUGGUCUUAAAGGACUCUACUGGAUACCAGGAGUAAGAGUAGCACUAUGGUGAAGCAAUCAAUGAGAUUUUCUUCACUCAGUAUGGUAAAAAAAAUUGAUAGAAAGGUUUUAAAUGGAGUUAUGCUUGAGUUGUAACACAAAUGCCAAGUACUUGUCGACAGUCAUUCAUCAUGAAAAAGUGAUAAUAUAGCAGCCUAUAAGUAUAACAGUAUAAUACAGCCUAUACAGGGGUGCCUUAUCAUUCAAAUCAAUGAUGUACUGUACAUUUUUGAUGUACAUUGUGACACAUUUUUGAUGACAAGUGGGUGCUAAGUGCCUUUGAUGAAUUUUUUUUAAGAAUUAAUUUUACCACUAAAUUUUACUGUAUUAUAAUUAUUAUCACUCAAUUUGUAAUUAACCUUUACAAGCUUAUGUUAUUGUUUUGUUAACAGUGUAAAUGUUAAAGAAUCAUAUGCAUGAUACAUGUAGCCAUUUUAAGUAUUUGUCAGUAGGAUUCUUUGAUGUAUAUGCCACAGAACAAAAUGUUAGGUAUAUACACGUGUGGUAGGUAUAUCAACACGUUUUGAUAAGACACGUAUGUUUUGUUCAGGCUUGAAAUUAUUAGCUGCACUUGCUGAGCUUGUUGUAUAUGUGUGAAUACCGAAUGCUUCAAGAAACCCAGAAGCCCUUC